UGCACACCAGCCAAUGACCAAAGCGUAACAUUUUUCUUUAUUACAAAGACACCUAUAAGAAGACUCCUCACAAUCACGAGACUGAGAUGUCGGAUGAAAUACCUCCGAAAGGGAUCCUCAAGAGCGAAGCUCUGAGACAAUACAUCAUGGAGACGUCAGCGUAUCCAAGAGAGCAUGCGCUGCUCAAGGAGCUUAGGAAAGUAACAGAAGAGAAAUUUGGGAACUUAAUCGAAAUGGUGAUUCCAGUGGAUGAGGGCAUUUUUCUAUCGAUGCUUUUAAAGAUCAUAAACGCUAAGAACACUCUUGAGCUCGGUGUUUUCACUGGUUACUCUCUUCUCACCACGGCCCUUGCUUUGCCUGAAGAUGGUCGCAUUACUGCAAUUGAUAUUGACAAGGAAGCCUAUGAAGUGGGAUUAGAGUUUAUGAAGAAAGCAGGUGUUGAUCACAAGAUCAAUUUCAUCUAUUGCGAUGGUAUGGAGGUCUUAGACAAAUUGGUUAACGACAAGAAUCAGGAGUUUGAUUUCAUAUUUGCUGAUGCUGACAAGCCAAACUACAUCAACUUCCUUGAGAGAUUUCUGAAAUUGGUGAAGGUUGGAGGAAUCAUUGCAUUCGACAACACCUUGUGGUUUAGUUUUGUGGUUGAGGAAGAAGAGAGCGUUCCUGAGUUUAUGAGGGAAUCAAGAGCGGCUCUAAUAGAAUUUAAUAAGAAAUUGGCUUUGGAUCCUCGAGUGGAAAUCUCUCAGAUCUCCGUUGGAGAUGGUGUCACUCUAUGCAGACGCCUUGUGUGAGCAAAAGACUAUUUAAAUAUUAAGACCAAAGUUAGGAAUAAAACUGUUAGAUGCUUCAAUAAUUACUUAUCGUCGUUUGUUUUUCUGAUAUGAAAUUUGGUUGUAAUAGUGUGUUUGAUUGAUGAUCACCCAACAUCUUCUUCCCAUAACCAGUUUUUAAAUUAGAAGAAUAGUCCCGCUUGCGGAUCCA